UUGCUAGUGUGACGAAAAUAAUUUUACUUUUAUAGUUUGACAUUACUCAUCAUUUUCGUAAGAGAUCUAUUUUUCGUGGCGGUAGCUCAUUAGCUACUACCAUCUGAUGACGUUUAUGGCGCCAGAAAUCAAGGGUUUAGUGAGGAGCUUGUGUUGUCAGCUGGUUGAUGUUGGUUGUUAUCUGUGCUAUGCUGGCCGUACCGUAGACGCUGGUCAUUUUAAGACAGGAUAGUGACUGGAUAUCGUCAGUCGUGCUCAUUUAGGUUCAGUUUGGUGUCAAAAUGGUGAUACUACGCAGCAGCGGCGGCGUCGGAGCUGAGCCGGUGGCAACAACUCCGAAGAGGAGGUCUAUGGAGUUGGAUACAAGCUCCGAGUUUCUGUCGCUGCUUCCCGCGUCGCAGAGAAAGUCCACCCGGUCGACCCGGUCCUCCCGGGUCCUGGAUGACAGCUUUAGCAGUCCCGAAAACAGCACAGCAAAUGGACACGCGGAUAUCAAGCAGGACAAGGGAAGUGCUCUCCAUCACUCUCUGAGGACCCGUAGACAGAGAGUUAAACUAGAGGUCUCGUUUUCUGACAUCGAACCAAAUUCCAUGACCCCUGUGAAUGAAGAUAAGGCUGGAGGAUGCUGCACCAGGAAAUCUUCCAGGCUGCAGAGAGAUGGAAAAGCUUCCAGUAGAAAGCAGCAAACAGAUGUUCCAGAUGAAGUGGAGGGGUCGUCCACUCCCAAAAGGAGCCGCUUUAAUUUACAGAGCAGAGAUGUGGAUGAAGAAGAGGAGGAAGAGGAGGAUCGCUCAGUGCGACGAAGUUCUCGAAUCACCAGAUACAGACUUAAUUCUCAUAACCAGUCAGUGCUCUAUGACCGCCUCAUCACAAACACUGCCGAAGCUGUUCUCCAAAAGAUGGAUGACAUGCAGAAGAUGAGACGCAGACUGAGAGACAGAGACACUAAAGAAGAGCUUGGUGUGUACACCAGGGCGAGAAUGAGAAGGUCUUUGAGGACGAAUGUGGACAGUAAAGACACAGAGGAGGAGAACCAAGGAGGGGAUAAGGAUGAUGAAGAGGAGGAGGGAGAUGGAGAAGAAGAAGAUGAGGAGGAGGAGGAAGAAGAAGAUGAUGAUGACGACGAUGAAGAUGGCGAGGAUGAGGAAGAAGAAAAUCAAAGGCGCUAUGAUUUUAGGCAACGGAAGACUGUGGUUCGCUAUCAGGCCCCGCUGGAUGAACCCAGAGAGCCCAGGAAGCGCAGCAUGUAUUUUAAGGACCACUCGUCUCCUACCAGACGCAGGUACAGAUUCAGCUCCACAGCCCCCAGGAGCCCCUACAACAGGAGAACCAGCAGGAGUAGUUCUGAGAGAAGGAGACACGCCAUCCACAGUAGUGACUCCACUUCCUCAUCUUCAGACGAUGAGCAAUUCCAGAGACGGAGAAGUAAGAACAGGAGCAGGUCAGUCAACAGAUGUCUGCCUAUGAACUUCAGGAAAGAAGACCUGCUUGGAAUCCACAAGGACAGAAUGAAGAUUGGAGCCAGCCUCGCUGAUGUGGACCCCAUGCAAAUUGAUAGGACGGUGCGCUUUGAAAGCAUUGGAGGUUUGAGUAAACACAUCUCAGCGCUGAAGGAGAUGGUGGUCUUCCCUCUUCUCUACCCAGAAGUGUUUGAGAGGUUCAAGAUACAGCCUCCCAGGGGAUGUCUAUUUUAUGGCCCUCCAGGCACGGGGAAAACCCUCGUAGCCAGAGCGUUGGCCAAUGAGUGCAGUCAGGGGGAGAGAAAGGUGUCUUUCUUCAUGAGGAAAGGAGCUGACUGCCUCAGUAAGUGGGUAGGAGAAUCUGAGAGACAGCUACGACUGCUCUUUGAUCAGGCAUACCAGAUGCGUCCGUCCAUCGUCUUCUUCGAUGAAAUUGAUGGUUUGGCUCCAGUCAGGUCCAGCCGCCAGGACCAGAUCCACAGUUCCAUUGUAUCAACCCUGUUGGCUCUUAUGGAUGGAUUAGAUGCUAGAGGGGAAGUUGUUGUUAUAGGAGCUACAAACAGACUGGACUCAAUCGACCCAGCUCUGAGAAGACCAGGACGCUUUGACCGAGAGUUCCUCUUUGGUCUGCCAGAUAGAGAGGCGAGAAAGGAUAUCCUGAAGAUCCACACCAGACAGUGGACUCCACCACCUUCUGACAUUUUUCUGGAAGAAUUGGCAGAUAAAUGUGUUGGUUAUUGCGGAGCGGACAUCAAGGCAGUGUGUUCAGAGGCUGCGCUGUGUGCACUGCGCCGCCGCUACCCACAAAUCUACUCCUCAUCACAGAAACUUGUGCUUGAUGUCAGCUCCAUAGCUAUCACAAACAAAGACUUUAUGUCUGCCAUGUCCAAGAUGGUGCCUGCUUCCCAGAGGGCGGUAGUGUCACCAGCCAAGGCCCUGAUACCUGCCAUUCGUCCUCUGCUGAGCGCUGCCCUGCGGGACAUCCUCCACACGGUUACCAGAGUGUUUCCACAUGCUGAACAAUUCUUAAAAAGGAAGAGAGAACAAGAUGUGGCCUGUGGUCUGUCUGAGGAUGAUCUGAUGUUCAGUGAAGAUGAUGACUCAGAAGUCCCCUCCACUGGACAGAACUCUCACUCCCAACUCAAAACACCUGCUGCCAAGGAACUCCUGAAUCUCAACAGGAGUGUGCUGAGCCACCCGACCUCCUAUCGUCCCCGGCUGCUGUUGGAGGGCAGGCCAGGCUCGGGUCAGAGCUCCCACCUGGCUCCAGCUGUCCUCCACGCGCUGGAGAAAUUCACUGUGUACACACUGGACAUGGCUGUGCUGUUUGGAGCCAGCGCAACGACUGCGGAAGAGACUUGUGCUCAGAUCUUUGUUGAAGCAAAGCGGACCUCUCCCAGUAUCCUGUACAUCCCUCACAUUGGACAGUGGUGGGAAACUGUGGGUCCAGCCCUAAGAGCCACCUUCCUCAGCCUGCUCAACUCCAUCCCUGCCUUUGCCCCUAUAUUGCUUCUGGCUACGUGUAGCCUGCGAUAUGACCAACUCAGCAUGGAGGUGCAGGAGUUGUUUCGGGUGGAGUAUGGAGAGGUUUUCCAUGUCCAGGUUCCCACCAGCAGAGAAAGAAGAAACUUCUUUGAGGAUCUGAUCCUCAAUCAGGCUGCUAAGGCCCCUGCCUCAAAAAAGAAAGCUGUGCUCAAUGCUUUAGAGGUGCUUCCUGUUGCCCCUCCCCCUCCCUCACGUCAGCUGACAGAAGAGGAGACCCAGCGAUUGGAGGAACAGGAGGAAGAUACACUCAGAGAGCUCCGUCUCUUCCUGCGUGAUGUCACCAACCGCCUGUCCCAAGAUAAACGCUUCAAAGCUUUUACAAAGCCUGUGGAUUUAGAAGAGGUACCAGAUUAUGCUGAGGUGAUCAAGAAGCCUAUGGACCUGUCAACAGUUCUCUCUAAGGUUGACCUCCAUCAGUAUGGGACAGUAAAAGAGUUCCUCCAAGAUGUAGAUCUCAUCUGGCAGAACGCCCUGGAAUACAAUCCAGACAAGGACCCCUCAGACCGUCAGAUCCGCCACAGAGCAUGUGCAUUGAAAGACACUGUCCAUGCUAUCAUCAGAGAUGAACUGGAUGAAGAUUUUGAGAAGAUCUGUGAGGAAAUAAAAGCAUCACGUAGCAGAAGAGGUUGCUCCACUGUCCGGCAUGCUCCCUCCUUCUACCACGUCCUUCCCAAACAGUCCAAACCUCCUGCUGAGGCCAAGAUUGCUGACAUGACCCCACAAAGAGAGCCAACUGGACCCACAGCUGCAGCUACUCUGAAUGCAAGUGCUCCUGCUGUUAUGGUGCUCAGAAGCACAGCCCAAAAGAAGAAAAGGCGAAAGAGUCGCUGGUCUGCUGGCUUUUAUUCAAAGAAGAAGUCUUCCUCCUCUCCUCACACAUCUAGAGAUGAUGCACACAUGGGGUCCGAUGAGGAAGAGGAAGAUGGGGAUGAUGAGGAGGAGGUUGAGAAGGGAGGAGUAACAGAGUGUGAUGAGGGUGCUGGAGGAAAGGAGGAGCAGAUGGUGGUUGACGUAGAGUCAGAGCCUGCACCAGUUCAGGAAGGUAGUUUUGGGCUCACUGAGAAGAAGCAGGACAGUCUGGAGGGAAAACAGGAGAUGAAUCCAGCUGUUAAAGACCAGCUUAUCAUGUGUCAAACAGCGGAAACAGAAAGUGGCGACCAGACACAGAACGACAAAGAAUCGGUGGAUGAAGCUAUCCCAGAACAACAAGGACAGUCGGAGGAAAACAACAAAGUGUUAACAAAAGUAGGAAGUGAAAACAUUUCAGUGAACACUAAUCAGGACAACCACACUGAGACGGAGGGGGAUACCCAGGGACAAUCCAGCAUAGAGGAGGGUGCUAAAACUGAAAACCAGCUGACAGAAACUGAGACCAACAACAAGGUAGUUACUGUAGAAGAGGCAAAGCAAAACAGCCCUGUUGAACCAAUGGAGGUGGAAGAACUGGAAUCAACAACCCAAGAUGUCUCUGAAGCUAUCAGAGGAGAGAGAGACGUGGCCACAGAGCGGAGCGCGAGGUGCAUAACUCGGGGUCUAAAGAAUGCUGUGAUGCAACAGCAGAUGAUCAACAAUGACCAGGCUCUACAGAUCCUGAACCAAGAAAUCCCUCCUCUGGUGGUGGACAGAGAUAAAUUAAAGGACCUGUUGGAGAGAGUAGUGACCAAGACUGAAGGCUAUGAGGUCUACAAGCUAGAGAAACUCUAUGCUCUGCUCUGCCAGAGCAUCUAUAGACACAGGCGAGACUACAACAAAACCGCACUAAUACAGGAGUUGGAACAAGAGAUUGAAGACUUCUGUUGACAUUUCUACAGAAAAAAGUAUGACCAUUUCUAAAUGAUUAAUUACUCUCAUUAUUUUAGUUGUGUAAAUAUACAAACACUGAUUCUAUUUUAAUAGAAACCUCCAAGGACCUCUUUGUGCAUUAGCUGAUUCUUUGUAUUACCUUGUUAUAUUUAAUUAAAUGAUUUUCCACUAA